CCGAAGGGCGAAGAGCCUACCCGAUAAAACGAGGUGGAGGCGGACGUGUCAUCGUGCGAGAAAGACACGUGUGCGUAAGGCAGGGCAGCGCUGUACCAGUACAUACACCACUUGCCCGCGUAGAGUCCCUCUUUUGCGUUCAGUCUAUCGCUCUAACUGCCACCGGCAAGCUUCGCUGUUGCUCUCCUUCUCUCUGCAUUUUGCAGACCUCAUUAAUGUCUCUCGCAACCUCACUCUACUUUCUCUUGUUCAAGAUCUGAAAAUAGAGAGUUUGAGUUUGUAAUUUUUGAAAAAUUAGCUGAGCAUGAUUAUGUAGGGCGUGAUUUUCUUGGAUCUUUCUUGUGUCUUUAUGUCCUGCCUUUUUAUUUCCUGGAUUUACGAUCUGGUUGUCUUCUACAUUACGUGUUAUUUUUCUAAAAGCAAAAUUUAAAGACUGGCGUGCUCAUUGUUUCUGAAUGAGUGAAAAUGGAGCCCUUUCAGAGAAGGAGGUCCAAGAUUACGAGCUUCACCGGUGAUCUACUUGGCUCGACGGAACCUGCAUUCCGAGAAGGAAAAAGACAGCCCCAGAAACAGAAAAAAAUUCCAAAGUUGGCCUCUGAUUCUAGUUCAUGCAGUAGUGACACAGAUGAUGAUUCGCUGACAUUUGAGGUGGGGUGGAGAUCUUCAAAGCAAAGCAGAAGACCAAUGAAGAAGUUGUUAGCAGAAGAGAUGUCAAGAGAAACUCAAUCCAAGAGAAGAUCACCUGGUGUAAUUGCUAGAUUGAUGGGUCUUGAUGGUCUUCCACCUCAACAAUCUGCUCAUAAACAACAAAAGAGGUCCCUGGAGACUUAUCAACCGAGGACAGCAUCAGUAGAAAGAGCUCAAAGGAUUGGGGCAUCUUCUAGCCGCUUAUCUUUUAGGAAAAGCUCAAAGGAUGAGCAAGAAUUCAAAGAUGUGUUUGAAGUUUUAGAUGCAUCAAAGAUGGAGAGUAGCAAUAACAAAUUGCCGGAGACUUCAAAGACAAAAUUUACUGAUGCUGAGAUGGUUUUUAUUAAGCAGAAGUUCAUGGACGCAAAGCGUCUUUCAACUGAUGAAAGACUUCAGGAUUCAAAGGAAUUCCAUGAUGCGCUUGAGGUGCUAGACAACAACAAGGAUCUUCUGCUGAAAUUUCUUCAGCAACCAGAUUCAUUGUUCACAAAGCAUGUGAAUGAUCUAGGUGCCCCCCCUCAGUCCCAUUGUGUUCAUAUGUCAACAUUAACAUUAUCUAAUGCUCGGAAGUGUGAAAGCAGCGUCAUCAGUAGGAAAGCAGAAAGAGAAGCUCCACGAAAGAGUCAUUGUAAAUCUACUCAGAAACAUCUUGAUGGUAUUCCUAGUCACACUUACAGUAGAAAUAGUGGUCAAAGUUUCAAUAAGUCCCCAAAAGUUCAAUUGGAAGGGAAAGAAGACGCCACUGUUUUUCCUACAAGGAUUGUAGUUCUUAAACCAAAUCUUGGAAAGCUGCAGACUGCCAUCAGAAGGGUUUCAUCACCUCAUUCUUCGCAUGCUUAUCCGUCAGAAUGUAGAAAGCAUGCAGAAUUUCCAGGCACCAAUAAUAGGGAGGUGGAGUCAUGGGCGGAGAGAGAUAUUAAUGAUGUAGGGUUUUCGAGGCAUAAUUGUAAAGAAUCUAGAGAAAUUGCCAAGGAAAUCACUAGGAAUAUGAGAAAUAGUUUUAGCAAUGGUUCCAUGAAUUUUUCAAUUUCUGGAUUUAAAGGAUAUGCAGGGGAUGAGAGUUCAAAUAACAUGUCUGGAAGUGAGUCUGCAAAUGAUUCGAAGUUUAAAAUAGUGACUUACAGAGAUGAGUUUAAAAGACAUAAAAGAUCUCGAUCUUCAUCUUCCCGUUCUGCAGAAUCAUCUGUGUGUAGGGAGGCCAGGAAGAGACUCUCAGAGAGGUGGAUGAUGUCCCACAAGUCUCAGGACUUGGGAGUUAUUAGUAGGGGCAGCACAUUGGGUGAAAUGCUUGCUAUUCCAGAUGGGGAAGUGAGGCCUGCAGAUUUGGAUGCUAUGGUUGGAGAGGAAGGAUCCACCGACACAUUUUGCAGUGGAAACGGACCAGAAAUCCUUUUUGAACCUUUGGGUAUUAGCAGUCGCGAUGGAUGGAAGGAUGAUGGUGUUGGAAUUUUGUCAAGAUCAAGAUCUCUCCCUGCUUCUUCUACCUUUAGAAGUCCCAAAGCCAGUAUGCAGCAUGACACCCUUAAUGAUGACAGGUAUAUGAUGUCAAAAGAGACUGUGAAGCGUGAAAGAAGCAAGGCAGGGAAGGGAAAUCUAAACCAGAAAGAUUGUUCAUCGGGAAGAACGUCGAGAUCAAGCAGUAAGAAAUCUUCACGCUGCACAAGUAGGGAGAGUUAUCACAACUCACCGGAUAUUUCAUUCAACUAUCAUCAAUUUGACAGCCAUUUCAAGCAGGUUCACCCAUAUGAAGAAAGUUUUAUGAUGUCAGAGACAAAUGAGAGUGUUAAUGAUACAAAUUCAGUUGCUGAAAAUGUGUUGGAUGUGGGACAUGAGAACACAAGCAUCUCUUCUUCUGAAUCUCCAAAUUCAGAAUUAUCAGCUCCUCUAAUGUUAAAGGGCAAUUCAUCAACUGUUGACUUGGAUGUUUUAAGUUCAAAGGAACCAUCUGAUGCACCAUCAAAAGAAGUCCCUUUGCAUCAUCCUCACCCUGUAUCUGGAGUAGAAUCUCCAGCGAGCUCUAAGGAGGCUGAUCAGCCCAGUCCAGUUUCAAUUCUGGAAGCUCCUUUUGCUGAUGAUAUGUCAUGUGGUUCUGAGUACUUUGGGGGUGUCAGUGCCGAUCUCCAUGGGCUUCGGAUGCAACUUCAACUACUCAAGUUGGAGUCAGAUGGAUAUGAAGAGGGACAUAUGCUUAUUUCAAGCGAUGAAGAGGAAAAAUGUGUUCAGAUUAUGGAUGAUAAGAGCAUAAGAAAAGCUGAAGAUAACUGGGAGUCUUCUUAUGUAGCUGACCUCUUAAUCGAGUCUGGAUUUAAUGGUGUUAACUCUGAUACAUUUAUUGCAGCAUGUCACUCUACAGAAAGCCCAGUGAGUCCAUCGGUAUUCGAAGAACUUGAAAAGAAGUACGGUAGUCUAACCUGUUGGACAAAGUCAGAAAGGAAGCUAAUGUUUGACAUCAUAAAUGAAAAGCUCAUGGAAAUUCACCAGCAAUGUACAGAUCCACGUCCAUGGAUGAGGCCUGAAUGGAAGAAGACCGAGCUCCAGGAGAGGGUGCACAAGUUCGUGUCGAACCAAAAGAACAACGUUAACAAGGAUGCCGGGGACAAGGUGCUAGCAAGAGAAUCACAGUGGCUGGAUAUAGGAGAUUAUGUCGAUGCAAUUGGUAAGGAAAUCGAGAAAGUAUUGGUAGAUGAACUAAUAGGAGAGGUAGUAGCCAUAUAAACAUAUGCCUGUUUUCGCUCUAGGAAGUUACGUAUUCACAAAUGAAAGUGACGGAAUUGCCAUUUCUUAGGAUACGAAUAAAAUGGGUCUAUCUUUACGUAUAAA